ACAAAUAAUUGCUAUUGUACUUAUUACUUGUCCUUUCUCUCAAGCAUUGGAGACUCAGAGAGAAAAAGAGAGUGCAAAAGCUUCAACAAUGGAGAAGGAAGGAUGUGAGAUCGAAGCUCUAGAUAUUGAUUACAACAUCACUGAGCGGAAGAUUAAUGUUAAUCCUUUCGGAAUCUUUACAAGGAAGCCGGUUCUGGAAGCUGACCAACCGGUUAAGCUUGAGGAUGGAACCUACAAGAAAGUCAAGCAUGUACUAAAAGGAGUGACCUGCAGAGCCAAACCGUGGGAGAUUCUCGCCAUCGUUGGUCCAAGUGGGGCAGGGAAGUCUUCUCUGCUCGAAAUUCUAGCUGGAAGACUCAUCCCUCAAACCGGUUCGGUUAUCGUCAAUCAGAGACCGGUCGACAGAGCCAAUUUCAAGAAAAUCUCCGGUUACGUCACGCAGAAGGACACUCUGUUUCCUCUGCUCACGGUGGAGGAAACGCUUUUGUUCAGCGCCAAGCUGCGGUUAAAGCUACCCGCAGAGGAGCUGAAAACACGUGUUAAGUCGUUGGUGCGUGAGCUUGGACUCGAAGCUGUAGCCACGGCUCGUGUGGGAGAUGACAGCGUCAGAGGAAUAUCGGGUGGUGAGAGACGCCGCGUCUCUAUAGGAGUUGAAGCUAUUCACGACCCCAAGGUUCUGAUUCUCGAUGAGCCGACCUCUGGUCUCGACAGCACUUCUGCUCUUCAGAUCAUAGACAUGCUCAAGCUCAUGGCUGAGACAAGAGGCCGGACCAUAGUUCUAACCAUCCACCAGCCGGGUUUUCGUAUAGUCAAACUGUUCAAUUCCGUUCUUCUGUUGGCUAACGGCUCGACGCUGAACCAAGGCUCGGUGGAUCAGCUCGGCGUCUACUUAAGAUCAAACGGUCUGCAGCAUCCUCUCCAUGAGAAUAUAGUCGAAUUCGCCAUCGAGUCGAUCGAAGCCAUCACUAAGCACCAGAGGCUACAGCAAAGCAGAAGACUAGUAGUGGCUCAUGUCCCAACAUCACAAGGCGAGGGGAGAAGCGGCAAGUUCACGCUACAGCAGCUGUUUCAACAAUCAAAGGUCGCCGACGUAGGAACCAUGAAGAUAGGUAAAGAAUUCACAAGAGAUUUCGCGAAUUCGAGGCUUGGAGAGACUAUGAUACUCACUCAUAGAUUCUCCAAGAACAUUUUCAGAACCAAGGAGCUCUUUGCUUGCAGGACGGUUCAGAUGCUAGGCUCAGGGAUUGUUCUAGGUCUGAUUUUUCACAAUCUCAAGGACGAUUUGAAAGGCGCGCGAGAGAGAGUGGGACUCUUCGCGUUCAUAUUGACAUUCCUGCUUACUUCAACGAUAGAGGCGCUCCCUAUAUUUCUGCAAGAGAGAGAGAUUCUCAUGAAGGAGACCUCAAGUGGAAGCUACAGAGUUUCUUCCUACGCCGUCGCGAACGGGCUUGUUUACUUGCCGUUUCUGCUCAUUCUAGCGAUUCUGUUUUCAGUCCCAGUGUACUGGCUGGUGGGGCUGAACCCUAGCUUCAUGGCUUUCUUGCACUUUUUGCUACUAAUCUGGUUGAUCCUCUACACAGCCAACUCGGUGGUUGUGUGCUUUAGCGCACUGGUUCCUAACUUCAUCGUCGGGAACUCGGUGAUUUCCGGUGUGAUGGGCUCCUUCUUUCUCUUCUCCGGAUACUUCAUAUCGAAGAAUGAGAUCCCUGGGUACUGGAUUUUCAUGCACUACAUCUCUCUGUUCAAGUACCCUUUUGAAGGUUUUUUGAUAAACGAGUUCUCUAAGUCGAGCAAGUGUUUGGAGUAUGGAAUCGGAAAGUGUUUGAUGACCGAGGAGGGUCUGCUGAAAGAAGAAAGGUAUUGCGAGGAAAACAGAUGGAGAAACGUUGUCAUCAUGCUGUGUUUUGUCUUGCUCUACAGGUUUGUUUCCUAUGUGAUUCUGAGGUGUAGAUGUUCACAAAGAAGUUUCAAAAGUACUCUUGUUUAGAUGUGGUAACAAAUAAUGUCUUUUAUCUGCAAAACGUUGGCUUUAUAAGUUUGUUCAAAUGUUCAAUUUA